GAUGCGGAUGUGAAGCUGUGAUUUGAUGCAAUGUCGGCCCAAAUCGAACCCACGCACCGAAGAAGAAGAAGAAGAAGAAGAAGAAGAAGAGGAGGAGGAAGGGUCACUCCACCUGAACGCCAUCGGAAAUUGUACUUGGUGCAGUCACGUCCUGCUUCUUCGAUCACCUCGUCGCCUUUGCGGCUGUGUAAUCCACAGACACAGUGACUGUAGCAGUUGAGUUGAAUUGGUGAGCCAAACCGAAAACCCUAGUUUUCUUCUGCAAAAGGGUUCAUAAAAUUUUGGGUUCAAAUGGCAAGCAAUUGGAAGAGAAACGUAAGGUCGUUCAUGGGGAAUGCAAUGGGAGGGCUCAAAGGAGGAACCAACCUCGCUUCGUGGGUCGUUGCUGGAACCUUCGCCUAUUUUCUGUGGGUAAAACCCUCUCAGGAUCUUAAGAAGGAACAACAGAAAAGAUCGGCUCUUGCAGCAGCUUCUAAUCCUCAGGUGAUUUUGGUUUUCCUAUUCAUGGUGGUUUCUGCUUCAUGUUUCCUCAAGAUUUUAACUUUGAUUUGCUUUUAUUUUGUGUCUGUCUGUGUGUUUGUUCAUUGUUUGUAGGAAACAGGAUUGAUAUCCGUCAACAAGAAGAGAACUGAGGAAUAGAUAUAUAUGUCCCAAAACUUUGUAAGUUAGCUUCGUUGGUUCAAAGAACAAUACACUAAUACAGUGAUGUUAAACAUGUAUUAGCUAGAGCCCUUUAUUCCAA